CAGCUGUCGACCAUCGAGCCACGCACUUGCCAUGUGACUCAGGUAGGAGGGUGUCGAGAUGUAUAAGAGGAUCGUGACCCCAGGCUUGUUUGCAGCCUCGCAGUCACCCAAUACGAGACCAGGAGCAGGCAAAAGGUCUUCUUCUGUUUGACCUGGCGGCUAGUUGAAGUCUGCUCCGCAUUCACAAGCUUAUCUCAGCUCUGUUCCCCACCAUCUUGUGCAACCUCUCUCUUUAUCUUUGUCCCUUCGAGAAUCAACAGCCCUCAGUAUUGAGGCGCACAAUACCCUCAAGAUGCCAUCCUCCUCGCGAGCAUCGAUCAGCUCUGGCUUUCGUACUCACCCUAUUAGUAGCGUAGGCAACCAGAUCGUGGGCAAAGCCCGAACAUUGGCAAACAUGGGCCAGCCAAACAUCGAGUUCGUCAUGAACGACAGCGAUGGCCCACGCCGCAUCAUCCCAAGCUACUCCACCAUGGAUACCAUCUCAGGCUACAUUGAGAUCACCGCGCCAUCCGACACUCGCUUCGAGGACAUUGAUAUCGCCUUCAUUGGCACCGCGAACACAUUUGUUGAUAGAGUCACAACCACGCCUUCUCUGACAGGACGAACAGAGAGCUCACACAGAUUCCUUACAUUGCGGCAGCCAGUGGAUCAAUCGAGCUUCUCAACACCUAGAGUCUUCGAGGCUGGAAGAGUAUACAAGUUUCCAUUCACAUUCAAUAUCCCAGAGAGGCUGCUCCCUAAGGCAUGCACCCACAACGUGGUGGCGGACCCCAUUCGCGACCAACACUUGAUGCUUCCACCAAGCUUUGGUGACCCAGACCUAUCGGGCUUUGGUAGUGCCUUACUUGAUGAUCUUGCCCCAGAGAUGUCGAAGAUCACUUAUGGCGUCAAGGUCAGGAUCGCUCAGCGGGGACUCACUGACAACGUCAUCCACAUCCUUGCAGAACGCUUGAAGAAAGUUCGCGUGAAGCCUGCCUUUGAGGAGCAAGCCCCUCUCAACAUCGAUGGCAUAGACGAGUACCGGUCAAAGCAAGAGAAGACCAUCAAGAAAGGGUUGUUCAAGGGGAGAUUAGGUACACUGACGGCUCAAACCAUGCAACCAGCACCAUUCAGUAUUCCAGGAGCCCGCACAACAAACAACAAACCUAUUGCCACAAUAGCCAAGCUUGUUUUGCGUUUCGACCCCGCUGAAGAAGGAACGCAGCCCCCAGCGCUGAACUCACUCCACACCAAGCUCAAGGCAACAACCUUCUAUGCAAGCAACCCUCGACACAACCUGCCCUCUCGGACCCACAUGGCGUUCGAUAUGUCCCAGGGCGUAUACGCCCAAAACGUCGCCCUGAACAGCCUCUGUAUCACCAAAGCCAAGUGGGAGUCACACUCCAUGUCUUCCAACCCCGCACCCGAAUCGCUGCAGCGCCGCGACUCCGGAAUUUCGGAUUGCUCGACAUCUAGCUCCGCCGCGCAAGCCUUCGCAGCAGGCAUCUUGUCGCCAUCUAGCAACUAUAAGAACGGCACUUUCUACACCGCGUGUAUUCUGGUACCGGUCACGCUCACUGAGAAGAAGAACUUCGUCCCCACUUUCCACACCUGCCUAAUUAGCCGAAUAUAUACCCUCAAAUUUGAGUUUACACCACAGGGCGGGUCUAGCAUGAGUCUUAAGGUGCCGGUGCAGAUCUGCGCAGACGGGAGUGACACGGGGAUUGAGAACGCGAGGGCGAGAAGCGUAGAGGCAGUCAUGUACCGUGCGUCAGCGGGCAUGUUCGAACCUAGGAGCGUGGCGCCGCCCAACUUUGACGGGAGUGUGAGUGUGCAGAGAGACGAUCUACCCCCCGAUUACUCUGCCUUUGCGCCAGCGACUAGACUGGCGGUCAGACCGCAAGCUUCGAUUUGAUAAGUCUAUGUCAAGAAAGGCUGCGCCUUGUUAUGAUAGACAUUCUCCUUUUCAUUUGGUUCUCGACACCCUUUCGGUUUCAUUCUUGUCCAGAUGCUGCUGAGGGUUGAGUGGCGGAUACCAUCGCUCAUGCGUACCAAAUUGCUGUGACAGCAAGCGCAUAUAUUUUUUAGACUGUUGGAUACCCUUGCCAUACCGCCUGUCACAAUAUUGUAUGUACUACACACCAAUAAUCACCAGAUCUAAUCAAAUUUGAUGAUCUAUGGAUUCAUGCAGGCGAUGGUGAUUGUCAAUCCUGAAGCCGCGGAAAGGGCGCAUGGGGGGAAUGCCGAAGGGCUGUUUAUUCCGAGCGAA